UGAUGUAACACAUGGAAAGUUCCGGAUUAACUAAAGGUCGAGAUAAAACUGCGAGCGUGUGUCAUAGCAGCUCAGAGUUGCGUCCAUCUUUUCUCACACGAGCAGCGAAACAAACUUAACUCUUGAAAAUGCCAAGAGGAAGCAGAAGCCGACCCAGCAGGAUGAGCCCUCCUGCCAGCCGGGCACCACCUUCACCUCCACCAAUGGCCAGGGCGGCACCUCCAACUCAUGCUCCAGUCCCCAUGCAGGCCGCUCCAUCUGCUGUUGGUGCGCCAGCCGCAGCGCCCAGACAGCCUGGCAUGUUCGCACAGAUGGCAACGACAGCCGCAGGCGUGGCAGUGGGCUCUGCAGUGGGACACACCCUCGGUCACGCCAUGACUGGUGCCUUCAGCGGAGGCAGCUCUGAGGCUGCCAGGCCUGACGUCACAUAUCAGGAGCCGUACCAGCAGCAGGGACAGCAGCAGGCAGACCAGACGCAGAUGUGCUCCUAUGAACUGAAGCAGUUCCUGGAAUGUGCUCAGAACCAGAGUGACCUGAAGCUCUGUGAGGGAUUUGGCGAAGUGCUCAAACAGUGCAGGUUUGCUAAUGGUCUUUCUUGAGAUGAAGA